UUGGAGGCUCGAAAAAAUAAAAAUUGUGUCCACAUUUUGGUGGGUCCCACAUUCCCAAAGACCGGCCUCAUGCAAGGGAAUGGGAAAACCCUGUUAUAUAAUGAUACAACUCACCGACCCUGUUCGCUAAUGAGCCACUCGUUCGCUGGCUCAAGCGAAAAGCGUUAUCUUUUCGGCGAAAGGGAGCUCGUCUGAGCUUGAAUUUCUUAAAUUCUGCUCGUCAUGGCUUCUAGGCUUGCGGAUUCUGCUGUCCUCUUCAUGGGCUCCCAUCAGAAGCCAAUUCAGAAAAGGAUUGCUGCCCAAAACCUACCAGGCUUAUGUAAUAUAAAGGGGGACAGGCUUAUCCCAAAGGGGCUUGGUAAUCAUAGACACUUAAUUCCAAGGAAGAAAAUUACUGUCAUACAAGGUGUGGCGGUUCCAGUUUCAGUAUCUCCAGCUGACAAUGCUGAGUACAGAAAACAACUAGCCGAAAGCUACGGAUUUAGGCAAAUUGGGGAACCACUUCCAGAAAAUGUUGCUUUAAAGGAUAUUAUCGAUUCGCUUCCUAAGAAAGUUUUUGAGAUUGAUGACGUGAAGGCAUGGAAAUCAGUUAUGAUAUCAGUCACUUCCUAUGCACUGGGGAUUUUCAUGAUUUCAAAAGCACCCUGGUAUUUACUUCCCCUGGCUUGGGCGUGGACGGGUACUGCUGUCACAGGGUUUUUUGUCAUCGGGCAUGAUUGUGCACACAAAUCAUUUUCCAAGAACAAAUUGGUGGAGGAUAUUGUUGGAACUCUAGCCUUCUUGCCGCUAAUUUAUCCAUAUGAGCCAUGGCGAUUCAAGCAUGAUAGGCAUCACGCGAAAACAAAUAUGUUGUAUGAAGACACUGCCUGGCACCCUGUUUGGAAAGAAGAAUUUGAUUCAUCUCCUCUGUUGCGGCAAGCAAUAAUUUAUGGGUAUGGUCCAUUUCGACCUUGGAUGUCUAUUGCUCACUGGUUGAUGUGGCACUUUGAUUUGAAGAAGUUCAGGUCAAAUGAAAUAAAGAGAGUAAAGAUAAGUUUAGCUUGUGUUUUUGGCUUCAUGGCAAUUGGAUGGCCAUUAAUCAUUUACAAGACAGGAAUUAUGGGGUGGAUCAAAUUCUGGUUGAUGCCCUGGUUGGGCUACCACUUUUGGAUGAGUACUUUCACCAUGGUCCAUCAUACUGCGCCACACAUACCAUUCAAAUACUCAGAUGAGUGGAACGCUGCACAAGCACAACUUAGUGGAACUAUUCAUUGUGAUUACCCAAAGUGGAUUGAGAUCCUCUGUCAUGAUAUCAAUGUCCACAUUCCACACCACGUAUCUUCAAGGAUACCAAGCUAUAACUUGCGCGCAGCCCAUGAGUCUCUGCAAGAAAACUGGGGAAAGCAGUAUAUGAAUGACGCUACGUGGAAUUGGAGAUUGAUGAAGACUAUUAUGACAGUAUGCCAUGUAUACAACAAGGAGGAAAAUUAUAUUGGCUUUGACAAGCUUGCCCCAGAAGAUUCCUAUCCAAUUACAGUUUUGAAGAAAGUUAUGCCUGACUAUGCUUGACUGACUAGGUCCAUCCUGGUUCUUUCUUAUCUGAACUUUAUCUUUUUGUGCCAAAGUAGGCAUGCCAUUCAUUUCCUUUUAAUUUUUUCCCCUUUUUUGGGACGGAAAAAUGGUUCUUCUCUUGUAUCAAUUUUGGCAAGUGAAGAAAAUUGGUUUAAGCUUUCUAGGAGUUUACUACGUUCAGGGUAAUCAUAUUGCCAAGUUGCGGCUGAUGACAGAGAGAUGUUCUUUAGGAUGAAGUAAAUAUUUAAGUAAAUCUGAAGUCAGAUUCUCUUUAGAUGAUCACAUUGUUAGAUUGUUAUUAGUGUGUGUGUGUGUGUGUGUAUUUGUCCAACGGAUUAAAGCACUCGGGGAAUGGAGCAGAAAAGUUGAACAUUGUCUCAA